UUGUACAUUCAUCACAAAGCAUCAGGACUAUUCAAGAGAGUUCCUGCAUUUUUUUCCGUUUCUUUGCCGUGUCCCUGUAUCCUAUCGCCUAGCGUUCGCGUAUCGUGUCCGUAUUCCUAUGUGGGCCCAAACUUAAAUUUUAAUUUAUCGAGCCCAACUAAUACCCAAAUCAGAACCUCUCUCCCUCCACAAAUUAGAGAAACAGAUGGGAAAUCCUUCUCUGUAUACGAAACUCAUGCUAAUAAUCUCACUCUCAUACACAGUUUCUACUUCAUCAUUUUCAACCUUCUCUAGAAACCCAUUAAUUUCAUCAUCUUCAUCUCGUAAACAAUGUGCCGUAGAUUUAAUUUCACUACUAGGAAGUAAACAACAAGCUUCCACCAUUAACAAUGAAAAAGCCAGAAAGUUUCAAAAUUGUUUGAAAUUUCUCGUACCCUUUUCUCCAAUUCAACAGAGGAGAGACCUUGAUCAUGAUGAUGAUCGAUUCAGUUUAUGGGAUUCUGGAAAAAGUCGAGGAAGAAGAGUUGAAAUUGAAAACGGGCUGAUUUGGUCACCACCCGAUUCAAUCUUGGAACUAGCUCGUAUUGCAGUUGAUUCUGGUGGAGAUCCUGGUUGUAUUCAUCGUGCCCUUGAUCCAACAAUUAUCCCUGUACCUGAUGUGGAAGGAUCGAAAGAGUGUCGAUGUGAACUUACCCGAACUCCGUAUGGGAGACUCUUUGUAGCUGAGGAGAUAAAUAAGUACUUUGCGUUUUUGUUCGAGCUUAUUGCUUCUCGUGGUCCGGAGGUGGGAUUUAAUGUGUCGUUAAACCGUUUUGAUUUAUUUCAUGGACAUCUCGUUCUUGCGACCAAUUCGGGAAGACUUGGUAUCUUAUUUCAUGCCAAAGAGCACCCAGCAUUGGAUAAAGUGUUUCCUUACAACAUGGGCUAUUGUCAGAAAGGAUCCAAUAUGGUGUACGACGAAUCAAUGAAUUUUAGGAAUAUCCUUUGGCUUGCACCACUGCCAAGUACUUCCUCCAAAGAUUGGUUGGCGCCUGGAGUGCUGGUGGUCCUUGAUGCCCAUCCAGGAGGAAUAAUUUACGAAGAUCUCAUUCCAGAAUAUGCCCAUAUCGUCAGGACAAUCUACGAAGAGGAUCUGGGAGACAAUGUCCUUGAUGUCAACUACUUGAAUGUUGGAACCAAAGUUGCUGGUGAUUACAGAAUUUUCAUUUGCUGAUACAUUUGGAUAGUCAAUAAUGUAAAUUCACGUGCACCCUUCUUGUUUUACUGUAUCCCUAAAGCUUUCGUCCAUUCAUUGUGAUAACUACGCAAGUAAGAGGUUGGUCUGUGUAGUUCUAUUGUGCAAUAAUUACCGUAAGAUAUCUAUGGAACAAUGGUAUUGUUUGUAUAUCAUGGCGUCUUUCUGUUUUUCUUA